AUUAACCCGUUUUGCCCCACUGGCAACAAUUGUUGCCAAAGUUUAUCACUGUCAUUUUCGACUCACAAUAAAAAAUCUCAAAGGUACUAAUGCAACUUUUUCCACUUAUAUGCUAGUAGACAACUUAGACAAAGGUUUUGAUUUUUAAAAAAUCGUUUCCAAGUGCUUCCUAUCGCAUGACAUCAUCUGCUUCCCGCUCUUUCUGGCUGAAGACAUGGCGGAUGCAAAUCAUCCUGGAAAGAGGUAAUUUUCAUAAAUUUCUUAUGACUUUCCCCCCAAACAUAUUUAUAAUUAUUUAAUCAUUCAAGUCUCUAGAGUAACCCUCCCCAAAAAAAUUGUACCUAGGAUAAAUAUUUUUUUGUUCAUGGGCUUAUUUCUGUGAGUGGCAACAAAAGUUGCCAGUGGGCACAUAGCAUGUCGCUAACUAAAGGAAAACACUGUCUGCAGGAUUGCUCCUAAUUUACUUAUUUUAAAAUUGUAGAAUGAUGUACAAUGGCUCAUUUUAGUCCUUUUAGAAUAAUUCCUAGCUAAAUAAAUUCACAUUUUUAAGCAUCUAAAUGACAUCAACAACGCAAUCCCGAUAGCAGAACAUGUGGCAGUAGAUGAGAUGAUGAUUGAGUAUUUUGGAAGGCAUGGGUGCAAACAGUUUAUUAGAGGGAAGCCUAUUCGUUUUGGGUAUAAAAUAUGGAGCUUAGCAUCCUCCUCCGGGUUUGUCCAUCAGAUGGAGCCAUAUGUAGGAAGCCACACACAUCUGGUGGAAACUGGACUUGGUCAGGGUCCAAGUGUGGUUCUUGGCCUGGCAGAGAAAGCUGAAGUGCCACCUGGAGUCAAGUUUUACCACGACAACCUCUUCACAACCCUGUCCCUGGUGGAUGAGAUGACCCUGAGAGGCUAUGGCAGCUGUGGCACGAUGCGACAAACUCAGCUCCAUAACGUUCCCUUCACAGCACCCCAGACCUUCAAGAAGACACCCAGAGGAGAUGCUGAGUAUCUGGUUGAGGCAGAGAAGCUGAUUGUAAGGUGGAAUGACAACAGCGUGGUCACCGUGGUGUCGAACAUGGAGAGGGAGUUCACCGAAACUGAGGCGAAGAGAUGGAAUAAACAGAAGCGGACUAUGGACAAGGUCAGACAGCCCAAGUGUAUCCAGGACUACAACACACACAUGGGAGGAGUGGACCUGCAUGACCAGUUUGUCAGCCGCUACAGAGUCAACAUCCGGUCCAAGAAGUGGUGGUGGCCAUGCUUCAGCUGGGCCCUGAACAGUGCCAUGGUGAACAGCUGGUGCUAUUACAGGUCCUGGAAAAGCGGGGAGAAGGAUCUCCUCUCCUUCCAGAGGCUGGUAGCCCAGACCCUCCUCCUGCGCCAUGGAACAAAGCCAAGUAGGCAGGGCAGAAGAUCUUCAAUGGCGGUGGCGAUAACUGAUGCCACCAGGUUUGAUAAUUUGAACCACUGGCCCUGCAACACUGGUAGCAGGUACAAGCGAUGCAAGAACUGCGGCGGACGCACAUCAUUUGCGUGUGGAAAGUGUGAUGUGCCACUACAUGUGGAGUGCUUCAAGAAGUACCACACUGAGUAGAACAUGCAUGAAAGAUGAUGGAAUGUAUGGGAAGAAAUAUGUUAUAUAUGUAUAUAUGUUUUUAGAGGUUCUAAGAAAAAAAUGUUUGUUGAGUUUUUGAGUAUAAAAAAAUUGAGAAUAAAGAAAUCAGUUCAAAUUGUUUGAUGUUUUGAAUUUUAUACAGGGGGAACCUGAGGCUCCACCUUUUUGUUAUUAUUUAUUAUGACUAUAUUAUUAUUUUGUUCUUAUUAUAUUAUUAUUAUUACUUCUCUAUUAUUAUUAUUAGGUGACAUUUGACCUAGUGACAAGCUGUGUGACUACUGGCAACAAUUGUUGCCAGUCAUAAAAAUGCUAUUUUCUUCAAAAAAAAAGUACAAAAUGGAAAAAAUAAAUACAUAACAUGAUUCAGAGGGACUCAACUGAUAAAAUGAUAUGCCUUACAACUCUGAAAAAAAUCUGGGCACAAACGGGUU